AUGCCCCAAAUGGAGCAGACAAGUUCGUCUAGGGUGCCGCCGCUACCUCAAGAACUCGUGGACCGCAUCAUAGACCUGCUUCACGCAGACCGAGCUACCCUCGCCAAGUGCACGCUCGUAUCUCAAAUAUGGUCAUACCGAAGCUCUUCCUACAUCUUCGGUCAGAUUGACGUGGGCACCAGAUGUCUGGCAGACCUCAUUACCGACGUCAAGAGACCUCACAGCAGGCUCGCGGAGCACGUUCGGCGGCUCUGCAUCUAUUACCAACCACCCGAUGAGAGCUGGUACGCCUCUGGUGUCGGUGACCCCCCGCGCCUUCCCAUCCCAGAGACUUACAGUAUCGAUAUUUCGGAACUUCUUUACGUGAUCCGAGAGAUGGUACCACGGCUGAGCCUGUUCUCCAUCUCCGAUCCCCUUGGACAGAACAGGUAUUUGCGCGUCCGCAGCGACGGCACGCUCCUUUCGCCGUGGCGUGCUCUCUGCUUCGGCGGAGAGGUGCGACUGACGGGAAUCAACGCCGAGUCGGUCGUCUUCUUCCUGUUGGAGUGCAGGUAUGUCAAGACGCUGAGCAUCGACAGAUGCUGCGUGCCUCCAUACCUUAUGUCGUCGAUCGUCACGGGGGCCAGAGACCUCCAAGUCGAUGCGUUUACCGUCUUUGGAGACAUGACGUUUCUCAAAUAUUUGGGUCCGCUCCUGGCGGCACCCUCGCGUCUGGGGAAGAUUGAGGUCGUGUUUGCCAUAGGGGAUUGUGCGGCCAAUCUUGCCCGCCUGAAUACGUUUGUGGCCUCGACAAACCAUGCGCUACGAUCCAUCCGGCUCAUAUGGACCAGAGACAAGCCUAUGAGUAUAGUCGGUGCGAGUAAGCUCCAUUACUUCCUCUUUACUCAGUGA